AUGACUGCGGCGCUGGAAAUUGUUGGUUUUCUUUUGUGCUUGGUUGGGUGGGCAAUUAUUGGAGCUACUUUACCCAAUAAGUACUGGAAAGUCUCCAGUAUACAUGGCACUGUGAUCACAACGUCCACCUUGUACGAGAACCUGUGGAAGACAUGUGCAGAAGACAGCACUGGAGUGUCCAACUGCAGAGAUUUUGACACUAUGCUUGCACUGCCUGCUCACAUCCAGGCAUGCCGUGCCCUGAUGAUCACGUCCAUCCUGCUGGGGUUCCUGGCUGCAGUGCUCUCGCUGCUGGGUCUGAAGUGCACAAACAUCGGGCUGAGCGACGAGGAUGCAAAAAUGAAGUUUGCUGCCACAGGAGGGUUCCUCUUUAUUUUCGGAGGCCUCUGCUCCAUGGUGGCUGUUUCUUGGUACGCUGCGAUGGUUACCGCUCAGUUUUUUGACAAAUAUUUCGCUGGAACCAAGUAUGAACUAGGAGAUGCUCUGUACUUGGGCUGGGCUGGAUCUGUUCUUUACAUACUUGGUGGCACCUUACUGACCUGUUCAUGCAAAGGGAAGAAAAGACAGGAUUACAGUUGCAACAAAUAUGCCUACUCAGCAGGCCAGGCAGCUCACCAGCCACGUGCCUACCCCAAAAACACCGAGACAGUCAUCAGCAACAAGGAGUAUGUCUAA